CAAACAUAUUCAGUCUUGAAUAUCGAAGCAUAUCAAUCGAUAUCUAAAGAUCACUUUCAGGAAAAAAUGGAGACAGUGAUAGUGAAACCCGAUGUUGAAAUGGAUUCAAAUAUGAACAUAGUUACCGAUACGGUUAGUAAUGUUUACAUUUAUAAACAGGUUUCCCAGGGCCCGCCUGUCCCCCAGAUGGUUAAAACAAGAUCUCCUCAAAAUAUCACGUGUAGAGAGAAGAGAAGGAGGCUUCCCUCUGGUAGGGAUCCCUGGAGGCAGGUUCCAGGGCUGGAGUACGACUUGGAGCUCAUUGAUCUAGAUAACUUUGAAACUUCAGGAGAGGAUUUAGAGGUUGAAGAUGAAGUGAAUGUUAAACGAGCAAGAAGUGAAUUUUAUGAAAUGGAUUCGUUUGUUUGUGAGAAUGGUUACCUAUCAGAGGAUGAGAAUUGUAUUACUCCUGACUCAAAGAGUAAAGAUAGAAGAGACAAGAUUAUCAAACUUAACUCUCAGUCAGAGAAACGGCAGAAAAAAGUUGAACUGAAGGUGCUGAAAGAACCACUAGUUGAGGGUAUUAUUUACUCUACUGGGUCUAGAACUUCCACCGUUUUCAAGCAAUGGAAAGGGAUUCCAUUCUCCUCUACCCCUAUCCCUACAGGUAUAUAUAUAGAGAAGAUGCUCCUGAGACAGAGUUUAGCUGAGCUACAUCUUACCAAGAUAGGAUCCGAUCCCCAACCUGUUUCCGAUAUCAGCAAUCUUUGUAAAGGCGGAGUUGAGACCAUCUUGUAUCCUCCAGCUGUACUUGAUGCACCAUCUACCACAGUUUUCAGUAUUGUCUUUGGUGAGAAAACUGGUGCAACAGAAUUUACAAGUUUGGACACUUUACUUCCGGGGGCACCUAGUUCAGCUCCUAUUACAGGCUCGGCUCCUGUACCUAGUUCAGCUCCUGGUACAGGCUCGGCUCCAUGUUCAGAGAAAAAUCUGUUUUCAGAUGAAUACUCUAUCAAGUAUUCUAUUAAAUACAAGGUAAAAGAGUUGGUUGAUUUCUACCUUUCAUCUAGAACUGAAGACGACCUGGGUCCUGAGCAGCUGCUAAAUCUUUUAAAGAUGGACGAAGAUUUAGGACGUGGCAAUCCGACUCUUGUUUGGAAAUAUAUCAACAAGUUCUACUUUCAACAUGUACACAGACAAUAAUACUUAAUGUGUACAUUUUUACCUACAUAUUACAGUUUUGUUCAUGGCAUGCCAUGUACUUUUUGCUUAUAACUUUUUCCAUGUAUUCUAUUCCUAAAAUAGAACUCAUCUUGACCAAAUAUCAAAUUUAGUUUUUACUGCAAAAUGACUGAAAAAAAAACCCAAUUCAUUAUAACAAUUGUAUUUUAACGCCAAAACUAAUCAAAUAUGGGCGUUUAGGACAAUUUUAUGUAUGUACAAUGUGAAUUAUUUAAAAAUAAACAAGAUUUUUAUCAGA